CCAAACUUCCCAGCCCGGCGUCCCCUCCCCCGGCUGGACGUGCCUGUGGUCUGGCCGUGGCCCAUGGCAGCCUCAGCCCUGCGGUCCGGGAAGUCCCUGGCUCCUGCGCCCCUUUGCCCCCUGCCCCCGGGUCCUCUCUGGGUCUCCCUGCAGCCUGACAGUGACUGCAGAGGUCAGCUCGCACCCCAGCCUGGCCAGCGCGCACAGACCCUCCUCCAGGCCCUCACACCCGCACAUGGAGGGCGGGGGCUGCCAGGGUCCGGCUGGGGCAGCCCCUCCCUCUCCGGGCCUCCCCGCCUCUGCUGAGUCACCCUGUGUCUGGGAAGCUCCCAGGGCCCAGGCAGCUGAAUGAGGCUUCACAAAUCCGCCAAGUCCCCCGCCUCCCAGGCUGGGAAGCAGCUGCCCUGACUCACCUUGGGCUGGGCCCGCAGCCUCCCGGGUCCCCAGAAGCCCUGCACACCCAGACAGGCCCCUAUGCCCAGUCCGUCAGGGCGGCAGGCCCCCAGGUCCCUGCUCCCCAGUCCCUCACUGCCUGUGGGUCGGAGGUGACAAGGUGCUAGGGCGCCCUGCCGGGGUGGGGGCCAAGUGCACAAUCCGGACCACCCACCAGGCGGCGGGCGGAGGUGGGGGGGGCGCUGCUGUGCCUGCUGGGCAUCCAUGUCUAUCCUUCCUGUGCAAGUCACUGGUUGCCAUGGAAACCCAGGCAGACUCACUCUGCCUGGCCUUGGCCACUGGCCUUGGGCAGAGGGGAUACAGUGCUGGAGGGCGCAGGUGGGUAUGGGCUGGGCAGGCGCAGAGGCUGGCUGCGGGGGAGGUGGCGAGUGGCCACCUGCAUCUCCAUGCCAGCCCGGUCCGGCCGACCCCGAGCCACCCAGGGGAUGUGGAAGCAGAGCCGUGGCAUCCACCCUCAGGCUCUGCCCAUCCUUUCUCAUCUUGUGCCUCGGUUUCUCCUCUUGCUCCCUUGGGAUGGAACCCCUAGUCCGAUGAGUCAGCUAACCGGGCUUGGGGAGAAGGCUGAAGACCCCGCUGUGGGGAGAGCCCAGAACUGCGGGGCCAGCAGGGCUGGGGUGCAGCGUCUGGCAGGACCUUGCUGACCCAUGACCCUUCCGGGAGCUGUGGGCACAGACAGCACUUUGGCAGGUCUGUCCUGUGUGUCCGGUGGGGUCAGGGGCCCUGCCCCUGGAGAGAAGGGCAGUGCGUGAAGCAGUGUGCCCCCCAGGCCCUGAACAGCACCUGGCACCUGGUUGUGGGGGUAGGGUGGGGUGCAUGCCGCAAAGCGGCAGAGUGCCAUUCCCGAGGGCUUUGCAGUAACGCGGGCGCCAGGCCUCCGGACCCCAGGCCUCCGGACCCUGAGCAUGGCUGUCAGGCAUCCGAGUGGGCAGCUGCUCGCGCCUCGGCGUCUUGGGUGCCCGAGGACGGAAGGUUGGGGAGCUCGGGGAGCUCGGGGCCUGAGGAUCCCCCCGAAGGGCUCCGUGGUGGGGGUGCCGUGCCUGCCCAGACUGACUCUCGCCCCUGUGUCCACAGCCAGCAGCCGCCUGAUGGGGAGCUCCCCGGCUUCCUUCAUGGGCAGUUUCCUCUCCGGAGGCCUGGGCUCGGCGGCCUCGGCACACCCCGGCGGCCCCGCCCCCUCCCCCUCGGAGCAGGCCUACCGCGGCUCCCACCCCGCCACCUCCCAGCUCUGGUUCUCCCACUCCCACGAAGCUCCAGGGUACCCCAGAUUUUCGGGGAGUCUGGCAUCUACCUUCCUACCCAUGAGCCACUUGGAUCACCAUGGAAACAGCAAUGUUCUCUAUGGGCAGCACCGUUUCUAUGGAGCCCAGAAAGAUAACUUCUACCUGCGUAACCUGCCCCCCCAGCCCGCACUCCUGCCCACCAACCCCAACUUCCCCGGCGUGGCCCGGGCUGCCCCCGGCCACCCCAUCGGCUCCUGCAGCCGCGACCGGGGCGAGGCCGGCACGCUGCAGAGGGCCGCCAAGGAGUUCGACCCCUGCCUGCCGCUGCACGCCGGCCCCGACGGGCUCUGCCCGCUGCAGGACAAAGUCCCCCGGGACCUGAAGGCCAGCGGGCCCACCUUCGUGCCUUCCGUGGGACACCUGGCCGACAAGAGCCGCCCCUUCCAGGCGGCCGAGGCCUGUGCCGUGGCCGGUGAGGGCAAAGACCGGCACCCGGAGGGGGUCUUGGCCCCUGAGCACGCCGCACCCUACGGCGUCUCCUACGCCCACCUGAAGGCCGAGGGCAAGGGCGAGCGGAGGCCCGGGGGCUUCGAGGCCGCCCUCAACCCCCGCCUGAAGGGCCUGGAGAGUCUCCGCAGCGUGGGCCCCGAGGGCCCCUUCCCCGGGCUCCCCACAGCCGGGCUGGACAAAAGCAGCUACUUCGACUUGCCCGUCCCCUCCCAGGACUGUGCCCGGCCGAGUCUCCCAGACCCUCUGGGCGGGAAGGUCACCCAGGCCUGCUGCACUUUAGAUAAGACUGCCAGCAAGGAGACCCCCACGGGUCCCCCCGGGGCCCAGAAGGUGGCCCGGAUCCGGCAUCAGCAGCACACGGUGGCCCCUGAGGUGGAGCCCGGGGUCAGUGGGGCCGAGGCCAAGCGCAAGUCCUUGGAGCUGGCAUCUCUGGGCUACGGUGGGCCCCAGCUGCCCCCGUGGAGUGUCCAGUCGGGCCAGGGCGCCCCCAUGGCCAUCGGUGAGGAGCGCAAGGGGUCCUACCUGGACCCCUUCGGCGGCAGCCUGCAGCAGCCCACGCUCCUGCCACAGGACCUGCCCGCCCCGGCCGACGAGGUCUCGGCCAUGAAGAACCUGCUCCAGUACAGUAAGCAGGCCCUGGUCGUCAGCCAGAAGGCGCCCUUCGUGGGCCUGGGUGGCCUCAAGGCCAGCUGCGCCCAGCAGGACGUGAAGUUCCCAGCCUCCAAGGGCCCGGGCCAGGCCCCCGGCGAGGUGGACAGGCCCGACUGUGCCCGAAGCCGGGAGCACGACCCUCUGCACGGCGACGGAGAGGUCCGGCAGCCGCCCGUGGGCAUCGCAGUGGCCUUGGCCCGGCAGAAGGACACGGUGAGCCGGCCAGAGACGGCCUAUGGCACCAACACUGGGCGGCAGGGCCGGGCAGCCCCCGCCUUCAAAGCUGGCGGUGGGCCCCGCUCCACCCACGCUCUGAGCCUGGAGGCGGAAGAGGAGAGGGCCCGCCUGUGCGAGGACCGCCUGGGGCUGGCCGGCCGCGAGCUGCUGCUGCAGGACAACAAGGACCUCGUGGAGUUCCCCCGGAUCCACCCGUCGGGCAGCUGCCCUGGCGACCUGGCCCCCCACCUCAUGAUCGCCGGAGGCUCCUCGCUACAGAGCGGCCAGCUGGGCACGGAACCAGCCCCCCACCCGCACCCUGCCCACCCCCCCUGGCUGCCCCGCACCCGCAGCCCCUCCCUGUGGAUGGGGGGCCAUUCCUACGGCCUCGGGCACCCCGCCCUGCACCAGAACCUGCCCCCCGGCUUCCCCGCCUCGGUGCCCGGCUCCAUGCCCUCCGUCUUCCCCCUCGCCCAGGAUGCCCCGACUCAGCUCGUCAUCCUGCCCUCGGAGCCCGCGCCCCACACCGCCCCCCAUGCCCUCGCCGAUGUCAUGGACCAGGCCUCGCUGUGGCCCCCCGUGUACGGGGGCCGGGGCCCCGCCUCCCAUGUGCAGCACCCAGGCCAGCUCCCCGUCUACUCACGGUCCCACUUCCUGCGGCAGCAGGAGCUCUACGCCCUGCAGCAGCCACAGCAGCACCCACAGCACGCAGCGCAGCAGCCACCGCAGCGGGCCGCCCCGUUCCAGCGGAAGGCCGAGGACCACCACCUGGAGCUGGAGGAGCCCGCCCAGGAGAAGGCCCUGAAGUCCACCCACAAGCCAGUUGCCUUAACCCCCACGGCCAAGGGCGCCCCCUCCCCUGCCACCGCAGGCCCCGCCAAGCUGUCACCCUGCUGCCACUCUCCCACCCCGAAGCCCCCGCAAAGCCGCCCCACACCGCCACCGCCGGCGUGUCCUGGCGCCCCGUGCACUUUACCCGUCUGCCCCGCCGGCAGCCCUGGGCCUGGCCCCCAGCCGCCCAGCACCGAGGAUGAGAGUGGGGAGGGCCGGCAGGCCGGAGCCGGCCUCAGCGCGUUGGAACCAGACCUGCCUCCUGGACACAUGUGCCCCACGGCCAGCUCGGGCUUCUCCUUGCCCCCCAAUGUGCAUUCAUCUGACCUCUCGGACCCCGAAACUAUGCAAACCACCGCCCCCAGGGCCCAGCCUGAGCCAGCGAGAACGUUUCUGCCUGGGCCUCCAUGCCCCCGAAGCCCCCGGAGCCUGGAGGAGCCUGGGCUGCCGUCGGGGGCCAGGGAGGCCACCCAGGACAUUGCUGCCACCCCCCACCCUGCCGAGCGGGGGCUUCCGAGGAUGGCAGCGGACCGCAGCCCACUGGAGGGGCUACAAGAACUGCGAUGUGGGGCCCUCCUGGAGGGAGGGGGCCCCGAGGCCACUGGCCGGGCUAAUUCUACUCAGGGAGGGGCCCGGGAGGAGAGGACUAAGGGGGAGGGGAGGGUGGAGGGGGAGCAGGGGCCGCCGCUGGGGGCCGGCCCCCAGGCCCUAGAGCAGCAGGCGGGAAGGCCCUGCUCCCCAGAGAAGGCCGAGCGGGGCGAGCGGCAGGCCCCCGGGGAGGCAGGCGCCGAGGAGGCGGCCGAGCUGGAGGAGGAGGAGGAAGAGGACUGGCGGUCGACACCCGACAAUGGCCACCUACCCAGGGCGCUGCCAGGCCUGGACGCCCUGGUGGCAGCCAGCAUCAACCUGGGGGACCUGCCCAGCACCAGCCCGCUGGAGCCCCAGCCCCCCGCUGCCCCUGGGCUGCCCAGCACAGCCCUCCUGCCCCAUAGCUCAGGGAUUCACGGCAUUGCCCUGCUCAGCGAGCUGGCCGACCUGGACGUCCAGCCACAGGGGAGCGAGCCAGCCCUGCCAGAGGAGGAGGAUGUGCUAGCCUUCAACCUGCAGCGCCUGGCCACGCUGGCCUCCGCCUGGUCCCUGGUGGAGGCCGCCGACCUAGACAGCUCUGCCUGCCCAGCCCAGCCCCCUGCUGCCGACCCCUGCAAGGUUCCCGCGCUCACCCCCAGAAUGCAGAUCCUGCAGCGCAAGGACACCUGGACCCCUAAGACCAAGCCUGUAUGCCCACUGAAAGCCGCCAUCGACCGGUUGGACACGCAGGAGGUCGAGAUGCGUGUGCAGCUGGCGGAGCUGCAGCGGCGCUACAAGGAGAAGCAGCGGGAGCUGGCCCGCCUGCAGCGCAGGCACGACCACGAGAGAGAUGAGAGCUCGAGGAGCCCAGCGAGGCGCGGUCCCGGCCGGCCGAGGAAGCGCAAGCACUCGGGCUUGCUGCCCGCCCUGCGUCCGGGGGGCCCGCUCCCCAGGGCCGACGGCAAGAAAGUCAAGGCGGUGCGGUCCAGCCUGAGCCUGCUGUGCGCCGAGCUGCGGGGCGGCGAGGCGCCCGCGAAGAAGCGGAGCCGGCUAGAGAAGGGAGUCCACGUGGGCUCCGCGAAGGUUCGGUGCAAGAAGAGCCGGGGCCAGAGUGAGCUGGCGUCCCCAGUGGCCCACAAGGUGGCCCAGCUGAAGCCAAAGGGUAAGAGCAAGGGGCUGCCCGCCGGCCUCAGCCCGUUCCCGGGGGGGCGUGUCCGGAAGAAGCUGUCCCGAGCCAAGAGCACCAAGGCGUCUGGCGCGGCCGGGCACCCACAGCCCGACGGCGGAGGCGGCGGCAGGGAGGCGCCCACGUUCCCGGCUCAGCCGGCCACGGCCGCAGCACACGAGGCAGGCAGCGGCUAUGACAGCGAGAACUGCGAGGGUCCCUUGGGGACAGAGGCAACCCCUAAGGAGCCUGGGCUGGCACUGCACGCUGGGGCCGGCGUGGCCGUGCUGGGGCCCUCACCCUCUUCCGUGGUCAAGAUGGAGGCCAACCAGAAGGCCAAGAAGAAGAAGGAGCGGCAGAGCUUGCUAGGGGCCUGCCGCCUGUCCAGCCCAGAGAGCGAGGUCAAGAUCAAAAGGCGGACGGUGAAGGCCAAGGGGAGCACCAAGCUGGAGCAGGCCCCGGGGCGCAGGCCCCCCGGAGCUCCAGGCAAGAAGAAGGCCAAGGGCAAGGCCAAAGGCGGCCUUCGGGCGGAGCCAGGGGCCACCCCGGGCAGGGACGCCCUCUUCAGCCCCACCCGGGCCUUCGCCUGCCGGGAGGAGGGCAGCAGACUGGCCAGCGAGCGCCUCAAGAGAGCCACACGCAAGAGCACGAUGCUGCAGCCAGGACUGCGGCGGAAGAACGGGGCCCUGUCCAUUGCCCUGUCACCCCGCAACGCCAAGGCCAUCCUGGGGAAGGGCAGGAAGGCGGGCAGGAUGACAAGCAAGGCCGCCGGCAAGCAGGGCAAGGGCCGGGCGGUGAGCCGGCUGUUGGAGAGCUUCGCCGUGGAGGACGACUUUGAGUUUGAUGACAGCAGCAGCUUCUCCGAGGACGAGGAGGGGGAGGAGGCUGGCGGUCCCCUGAGCGCUGAGCAGAGCGCUCCUCUGGCGCGCUCGUGCACCAUCCACAAGGAGGACCUGCAGGACGGGCUGCCCGUGCUCAUCCCCAAGGAGGACAGUCUGCUGUAUGCGGGCAGCGUCAGGACCCUGCAGCCCCCCGACAUCUACAGCAUCGUCAUCCAGGGCGAGAGAGGCAACCGGCAGAGGGUCUACUCACUGGAGCAGCUGCUACAGGAGGCGGUGCUUGACGUUCAGCCGCAGUCCAGCCGGUACCUGCCACCUGGCACAAGGGUCUGUGCCUACUGGAGCCAGAAGUCUCGUUGCCUGUAUCCAGGGAACGUGGUCAGAGGCGCCUCCAGUGACGAGGAGGAGGACCUGGACUCCGUGGUGGUGGAGUUUGACGAUGGGGACACUGGCCACAUCGCCGUCUCCAACAUCAGGCUGCUGCCUCCGGACUUCAAGAUCCAGUGCACAGAGCCCUCGCCGGCCCUGCUGGUGUCCAGCAGCUGCCGGAGGACCAAGAAAGCUUCCUGCGAGGCACCCCCACCCAGUGAGCCCACCGCCCCCAGCCUGCCCCCCAAAGUGCACGACAGCCCCGAAGCCUCGAAGACCCCUGGGAAGAAAUCCGUCAGCAAAGACAAAGCCGGCAAAGCGGAGCUCCUCACCUCAGGUGCCAAGCCCCCCGCGGGGGCCUCAGACUACUUCCUGGGCCGCCGGGGCAGCCCGCUGCUGAGCUGGUCGGCGGUGGCACAGACGAAGCGGAAGGCCGUGGCGGCGACGGCAGGCGGCAAGGGGCCCGGCGUGCUGCAGAGCCUCUUCCAGCUCAACGGCAGCACCAAGAAGCUGCGGGCCCGCGAGGCGCUGUUCCCCGUGCACAGCGCGGCCGCGCCCGUGUUCGGCAACGGCUUCCGCGCCGACUCCUUCAGCAGCCUGGCCAGCUCGUACGCGCCCUUCGUCGGCGGGGCCAGCCCGGGCCUGCCGGGGGGCGCCCACAAGCUGCUUCGGGCCAAGAAGGCCGAGCGAGCGGAGGCGGAGAAGGGCGGGCGGCGGCGGGCGGGCGGCGAGUUCCUGGUCAAGCUGGACCACGAGGGAGUGACCUCCCCGAAGAACAAGAACUGCAAGGCGCUGCUCGCGGGCGACAAGGACCUGGGGCCCAAGCUGGGACGCCCCCUGCCCAGCCCCAGCUACGCGCACCCGGCCCUCAUGGGCAAAGACAGGAAGGGGCGGGCGCCUGUCCACCCACUGCCCAUGGGGCUGGCGCUGCGUAAGUUUGCGGGCCAGGCUGAGUACCCGCUGCCCUGUGACAGUGACUGCCACAGCUCCUACUCAGACGAGGAGGAGGUCGGGCCCGGGCUGGCCCCCGGAGUGCCCUCCCGCUUCCUGGCCCGCCUGUCUGUGUCCUCCUCGUCCUCCGGCUCGUCCACCUCCUCCUCCUCGGGCUCCUUGUCCACGUCCAGUCUCUGCUCCUCCGACGACGACGGCUCGACCUACAGCUCGGACGACGAGGACCGGGCGCUGCUGCUCCAGACCUGCCUCACCCACCCCGUGCCCACCCUGCUGGCCCAGCCCGAGGCCCUGCGCUCCAAGGGAAGCGGCCCCCACACACACGCCCAGCGCUGCUUCCUGUCCAGGGCCGCUGUGGCCGGCGGGGCUGCGGGCUCGGGCCCCAGCGGCGGCAAGUCCAAGCUCAAGCGCAAGGAGGCCCUGAGCUUCAACAAAGCCAAAGAGGUUUCGCGGAGGCAGCGGCUGCCGUCCGUGGAGAACCGGCCAAAGAUCUCUGCCUUCCUGCCCGCCCGGCAGCUCUGGAAGUGGUCAGGGAGCCCCACGCAGAGGCGCGGCAUGAAGGGGAAGGCCAGGAAGCUGUUCUACAAGGCCAUCGUCCGGGGCAAGGAGACGCUGCGCGUGGGCGACUGCGCCGUCUUCCUGUCGGCCGGCCGCCCCAACCUGCCCUACAUCGGCCGCAUCGAGAACCUGUGGGAGUCCUGGGGCAGCAACAUGGUGGUGAAGGUCAAGUGGUUCUACCACCCCGAGGAGACCAAGCUGGGGAAGCGGCAGAGCGACGGGAAGGUGGGGGCCCGGGGUGCUGGGGGACCUAGGGGUGGGGCCUGGGGCUGGGUGGGCAGCAGCCGGAACAAGGAGACCAGU